AUGUGUGGAGCCCACUCUGACGGUGAAACGAUCGAGAGCGCGUCUACCGAUCUUGGUCCUCAACAGCGCGCAUUCCUAGAAAAUGAACCUCUUACCAACGCGACUGCCCAGGACGCUUGCACCGAAGGCCUCCUCACUGACAGCUUUGUGGCUGAUGUCGACCUUGACUCCGCCGCGAGGAAGCUUAGAUGCAACGCAGAUCCCGAUGCAGUGUCCUCUGCCAUCGGUAUUCUGCUCGACGAGCUCGACGACCGCGAUAGGAAGAUCGCGUUCUUCGAAAAUCUGUUCGGCUACAGCGCAGAGCAUAUCAUGACGUACCAAGAGCAUCUUAUCAGGUACGAAGACAUACGGUUCUACGGGGAGCGGAGGUUGCGAGGGAAAGCACUCCAGCAGGCGAUGCUACAGCAGACCGGCCACGAGCCUUCUCUACAGGAGCUAGGUGGCAGGUUCACUGUGGAGGUCGUACAUGAGGAGCACUAUGACUUUGCAGUGGCGUUACCGGUGAAUGCGAAAGCUCGCGUUGAUCGGGGAUUGAGCACGCUGAAGAACGUACCAGGAAUGCGAACAGAAGGGGCGAAAGCCGCUGAUGGAAGUGCAGACGCCGCUGCAGAGGACAUCGCCACUGAUCCGCGAGCAAAAGUGCUUGCUGACAAGAAAGCCUUGGAAAGAGGGAAAUUCGACAAGACCCUCUCGCAAGACUCCGCCACUCAGCAUGCUACUAUAGAUGGCAUGCUUUCCGAUCCGCAACCCGCUUCAGCUCAAACCACAUCGAAAUAUGAGGCUUCUACAGAGGCAGACGCAGCACGGCCCGAGACUAAGGGGCGCAAACGCAAGCUCACCAUAGUGGUUGGGGAUGACGAGGACGACGACCGUGACGAUGGCAGAGCUAAGAUAAGCAAGGCGGGCUGA